GCCUUCCUUUCGGUCAUGCGGCUGAUCGUCUACCUGUUCGCGCUACUGGCCGGCCUCAUGCUCGUGCUGGCCCAUGACCACCACCAUCACCACCAUGAUCACGACGACUACUAUGACAUCUUGGGCUUGGGCAUGGACGCGUCCGAGGGCGACAUCAAGAAGGCGUACCGCCGCCUGAGCUUGCAGUACCAUCCUGACAAGAACCCGGGGAACGCAGACGCCGAGGCCAAGUUCCAGAAGAUUUCGCGAGCCUACGAAGUGCUCUCGAACGUCGAGACGCGGGACAUCUACGACCUCGAAGGCGAAGAGGGCUUGGAGCGCCACACCAACCAGGCGGGCCGCCCCGCGAGUCCUUUUGAUGCGUUCUUUGGCGGUGGCGGUGGCAAGCCGCGCGGCCCAGACGCGACUGUAGAUAUUCCCGUCACGCUUGAGGAGCUCUACAACGGCGCCGAAAAGCAAGCGCGCUUCAUGAAGAACGUCAUUUGCCGCAAGUGCCGCGGCAGCGGCGCCAAGGAUGGCAAGACCAAGCCAUGCAAGACGUGCGGUGGCCAAGGCAUCGUGCUCGUCCAGCAACAAAUGGGCCCGGGCUUUACGGUGCAAAUGCAGCAGCAGUGUCCCAAGUGUGGCGGGAAAGGCAAGACGUUCAAGCAUAAGUGCCCGCACUGCCACGGCAACAAGGUGGUCGCGGAAGAGAAGAUCAUCACGGGCGUCAUCGAACGGGGCAUGCCGUCCAACCAUGAGAUUGUCUUUGAGCGCGAGAGCGAGCAGCGCCCCGGUAUGAUUCCGGGCAACGUCAUCAUGCGUCUCGUCCAGCAGCCGCACAAGACGUUCCGGCGUGCGGGCGACGACCUCCAUACGGAGAUCACUGUCUCGCUUCGUGACGCGCUCUUGGGGUUUGAGAAAGACCUCGUGCACCUCGACGGCCGCCGCGUCACGAUCGACGCCGACGACGUCACCAUGCCAUUCCAAGUGCGCACGCUCCAUGGCGAAGGCAUGCCGCACCACAACUUUCCCUCCAACGCCGGCGACCUCCACGUUCUGCACCGCAUCCAGUUCCCGUCGCAGCUCUCGGACGCGCAAAAGGAGCUCAUUGAGCGCCUCCUGCCGUAG